AAUUGACCUUUUACAAUUAAUCGUUCUCAGGUUCACAUGCCUAUUGCAUUAUUAUUUAGAUUACGUAUUGCGUUAUUUUUCUUCCUUCUGUAAUUAAUAAAAUAUAAAAUGGCAUUUUUGGUUCCGAAUUUGCGCAGAUGUGUGAGUUUGAAAAAUUUAAACAGCAAUGUAGUUCCAAAAGCAUCGUAUCAUGCAAAUGUAAUCGACCAUUAUGAAAAUCCUCGCAAUGUUGGAUCAUUAGACAAGAAGGACAAGAAUGUUGGCACUGGGCUUGUUGGGGCUCCUGCAUGUGGAGAUGUCAUGAAGCUUCAAAUUAAGGUUGAUGAAAAUGGAAAGAUUAUUGAUGCAAAAUUCAAGACAUUUGGAUGUGGCUCAGCCAUUGCAUCCAGUUCUCUCGCCACUGAAUGGGUGAAAGGCAAGACAGUCGAUGAAGCUUUGAAGUUGAAGAACACAGAUAUAGCAAAGGAAUUGUCUUUGCCACCUGUUAAACUGCAUUGUUCUAUGCUUGCUGAAGAUGCUAUCAAAGCUGCACUUUCGGACUAUAGGAUCAAGAAUCAGAAUGCAGAGAAAAAAGAAUAAAUAAGAUAAUGAGAUUGAAUAAUGGAACAGAUCUGUAAUUGUUAGCUUCAUGAGAAGGAUAAAACUAUAGGUUUAGCUUAGUAGGAGGCAUUAAAAUAUCCUCGCAUUAAUUUUUAAAGCAUAGAAGCAUAAAUUUAACGUUUCUAUAUAUUAUUAUACUUAUUAGGCGGUUUGAAACAAAUUUCAUUGUAGUAUAUGCACAUAAAUAUAUGUAUAGGUUAUAUUAUUUGAUUAAAUAAAUUAUAAUUGA